AUGGCUGGCAACUUCCAACUUCCAUUCCAAUGCAUCCAAUAUCUGGAGAGACAGUGUGCAGAACCCCAGAAGCUGCUUAUUGCGUCAUCUGGGGGCAAGAUUUACUCCUACACUGCAGAGACCGGGCAGCGUCUCUCUUCUUGGCCGCAAGAUGUAAAUGCAAGCAAUGCAAAUAACUGCAAGCCAACCGAGACAGAGACUGGAUCAGAAGACCAGGCACCACCAGAGAAGAAGAGAAAGGUUUCUCAGUCCGAGGAUGGACCUGCCGAAACUUCCAAAUCGCCCGUCAAGACUCCAGCUUGGUCCAGCAUUCCUAUUUUAGUUGCGCAUUCGAGUGGAGAUUAUGUGGUUGCGCUCACUGCGGAAGAUAAGUGCAUUCGUGUCCUCCGCCUGAAAUAUGACGGCACAUUUGAACAAUUAAGCGAAAGAUGUAUGCCGAAGAGGCCAUGUAGUAUCGUUCUCACUGAUGACGGUAACACAAUCCUCUGUGGUGAUAAAUUCGGCGAUGUUUACUCGCUGCCACUUCUUCCCAGCAACGAGCCAUAUGUGGCGCCAAAGCUCCCUAAUCGGCCAAAGGUACCCGCAGCAACACCCCUUACUGUGCAUAGUAAGCGAAAUCUUGAAUCUUUGGAACAGCAGCUGCGCUAUGGUCAGAAAAACCCUACCGAAGAAAAGACCAGCCUGAAUUUCCAGCAUCAAUUGCUACUUGGUCAUGUGUCAUUGCUCACGGGUGUUGCGUUUGCCACGGUGCCUCAGGAUGAUAAUUCCGGUCAAAAGCGCAGUUACAUCCUAACCGGAGACCGCGAUGAGCAUAUCCGAGUCUCUCGCUAUCCUCAGGCUCAUAUUAUUGAAGGUUAUUGUCUGGGCCAUACUGCAUUCAUCACCAAGCUCUGCAUUCCCAAAUCUGCUCCGGAAUAUCUCAUCUCUGGCGGAGGAGACGACUUUUUGCUAGUCUGGAAGUGGGCCGAAGGCGUUACAGUUCGUGGAAUUUGGGCGACAUCAAUCGGCGGAUCGAAUAUUGUUCUUGUUGCGCUUGAUGGGUCCUCACAGCUGCAAUGCUUCGUGCUUGAGUCGAAUGGCACAUUAAAAACACAGGACCCAAUCGAGAUGUCUGGCAACGUAUUAGAUAUAGCCAUCAUGGAGAAGGAGAGCACAAUUGUUGUGUCUGUGGACUCUAUCCGUGAGAAGGGCUCGACUCACGAAUGGAGAGCCAGCCCAACAGGCUCCUUGAAUCUAAUUGAAUCGUUCCGCGUGAAGCUGGGAGCAGAAAACUUGGAGUGGGAGCCGGUCACAGAAUCGCUAGUUACCAAUAUCAACCUGGGUGGCUCCUCUGACAUUCCAGCAGAUGCCGACACGAAGCAAAGAAAGGAACUCAACGAGUUGUUCUAUAGUUUGAGCAAUCUGCGCAAGACGCACGGAGAGGAUUAG